UUCUUGAUAAUGGUGCUUAUAGCAUCAAAGUUGGUUAUGCUAUUGAUAAUGAAGAGCCAAGAGGAAAAGGUGAAAGAAAAACGUAUAUAGGAGAUCAGAUCAAUAGUUGUUUAGAUUAUUCUGGUUUAUAUUAUCGAUUACCUUUCGAAAGGGGGUAUCUUGUUGAUUGGGAAACUGAAAGAGAAGUAUGGGAUAGAAUAUUUGAUAAUAUACUUGAAUGUAAUACACCAACUACCAACCUUAUCAUUACAGAACCAUGUUUUAAUCUACCAAAUAUCCAAACAACCUAUGAUGAAAUGAUAUUUGAAGUAUAUGAAUUUAAAUCUUGUUUUAGGACAAUUGUUAUUGAUUCUGGAUAUUCUUUUACUCAUAUCAUACCAUUUAUUAUGGGAAAACCAGUUUUAUCUGCUAUUAGAAGGUAUCUUUUAUACUAUAAAAAUUUUGUCAAAGAAACUUGUUGUUAUGUUUCUAAAGAUUUUUUAGGAGAUCUUGAAAUUUGUCGAAAAAGCACAAGAAAUAACCCAAUUGUGCAAGAAUAUGUUUUACCUGAUUAUUCUAAAAAUCCAAAGGGAUAUGUUAGGGAAAGAAAAGCCAGUGGAAGAAGAAAUAAUUAUUCAGAUGAACAAGUCUUAUACAUGAACAAUGAAAGAUUUACUGUGCCAGAGAUAUUGUUUAAUCCUUCUGAUAUUGGUAUGGAUCAAGCAGGUAUACCAGAAGCAAUUGUAGCAUCAAUUAAUUCAAUUAGCCCUGAUACACAAGGGCUAUUCUAUGAAAAUGUUUUAUUGGUUGGUGGUAAUAGUUUAUUUGCUGGAUAUAAGGAAAGAAUUCCAAUCUCAUAUGCAUGGCAUGGUGGCUCUAAAUUUGCCAAAACUAGCGAAUUUAAAGAUAUGUCAGUCACAAAAUCUGAAUAUGAUGAACAUGGAAGUAAUAUUUGUUUGAAAAAAUUUGGUAAAGACAUGAAAAAAGUAAAAGUUGGCGAUACUAUUCUGAAUUUAGAUAAUAAUUCUUUGCCACUUAUUUUAGAUGGACAACAAAAAACAAAACUAGGCGAAGCUAAACCAUAUGAUACUUUAACUAAUCAAGAAGUUAAAUUAAUAUUGGAUCACAAUUUUUGCUCUCCAAAUAAUCUAACUGGUUUACUUUAUCUGUCAGAUCAAGGUAGUAUCGAAGGAACGACAGACAUCUCUAAAGAAUUAUUAAUUGAAGUUGAAUCGCCAAGAAUUGAUCUUGAUGGCUCUAAAGCAUGGAUCAAAGUAUCCAUAGCAGCAGGAUGUUGUUUUUCAUUUACUUCUUUAUACGCACGAAUACCUUGUAUGCUUCUACAACCUGUUGUUCAAUUUAUUCGGAAUUCGUAA